GUUCAGGUUCCAUCGCACGUCAGUAACAGGAAUGAGGAAGUCAGAAUGGGUGGAAAAUGCGAGCAGACUGAGAGAGUUCUCUAUGUAGCUCAAACCUAGCUUCCCAAAGGAUGGGAUUGGACAGGGAAUUUCUAUGAAUCUGCCGUUCCCUUCGUUUUAUCUGAACUCAUGAAGCAGUGGACACCUCGGAGCUCGCUGAUCCCGUGUCCCGGUUGUUUGUGUCUCUUUUCCAUCGGCAUCGUGCGCUCACAGUAGAACCAUGCCCGUCCUGAAUAAUUCCAACCAGGACACGAUCCGACCGAAAACUCGCCGGAACAGCUAUGUGCUGGCCAAGCUGCCUGUGCCCCCUCUUCAGGAGACCCUGGAUACGUACCUGAACUGCAUGAGACACCUGGUCUCAGAGGAUCAGUACAAAAUCACCAAAACCAUCGUCGAAAGGUUUGGGGCCCGUGGGGAGGUUGGAGAGUUCUUGCAGCAACAACUGAUAAAACGAAGAGAAGGCAAAGUUAACUGGGUUUACGAAUGGUGGUUGGACGACAUGUAUCUACGCAAUCCAGCUGCCCUGGUGGCAAAUUCCAGUCCUGGAAUGGUAUUCCCUCGCCAAAACUUCAGGGAUGAGGGUGAUCAACUCAGGUUUGCUGCCCGUCUCAUUUCUGGAAUAUUGGAUUACAAAGUUGUGAUAGAUGCCCGUGCUUUACCUGUUGAAUAUGCCCGUGGUCAACUGGCUGGACAUCCCUUGUGUAUGGAGCAGUACUACAGGCUCUUCUCAUCCUAUCGUCUCCCAGGUCACCAGAAAGACACUCUGGUGGUCCAGAAAAACAGUGUCAUGCCUGAACCAGAGCACGUUAUAGUAGUUUGUCAGAACCAGUUCUUUGUUUUGGAUGUUGUCAUAAACUUCAGACGCUUGAAUGAAACCGACUUGUUCACCCAGCUGAGAAAGAUUGUGAAAAUGGCAGAGAACCAGAAGGAGGGAGUGCCUCCGAUUGGGCUGCUCACAUCAGACAGUAGGACUGACUGGGCAGAGGCCAGGAGAGUGGUCAUGAGGGACUCUACUAACCGAGACUCUCUGGAUGCGAUCGAACGCUGCAUAUUUCUGUUGUGUUUAGAUGCCCCAAGUGGUGUUGAGCAGACAGAUAUAAACCUGGCACUGCAGAUAAUGCAUGGAGGUGGCUGUCACAAAAAUAGAGCAAAUCGUUGGUAUGACAAAACCAUGCAGUUUAUUGUUGGAAAAGAUGGAGCCUGUGGGCUGGUUUAUGAACACUCACCUGCAGAAGGCAUUGCGGUUAUACAAUGUGUUGAAUACCUACUCUGUUACAUUAAAGAAACUUCAAGGAAGUUAGUACGAGCUGAUUCUGUCUGUGAGCUGCCUGCUCCAAGAAGAUUGAGGUGGAAAUGCGACUCUGAAACCCAAAGAUAUUUAACUUCAGCAGCUGAUAAACUCCAAAGGUUGAUCGAAAAAAUUGAUCUAACAGUGUACCGGUUUAAGGCUUUUGGCAAAGACUUUAUGAAAAAACAGAAGAUGAGUCCUGAUGCCUUUGUCCAGGUUGGAUUGCAGCUAUCCUUUUACAGAUGCCAUGGGAGACUUGUCCCCACUUACGAAAGUGCUUCAACACGCCGUUUCCAGGAAGGAAGAGUUGAUAAUAUUCGAUCAGCAACUAAAGAGGCUUUCGAUUUUGUAAAAGCAAUGAUAGAUGGGGGAGCAUCUGUCUCGGAUUCAAAGAAGAUGGAGCUUCUCUGGGCAGCAAUUGAUGCACAGACCAAUUAUACUAUACUUGCUAUUACUGGGAUGGCAAUAGACAAUCACUUACUGGGACUGAGGGAGAUGUCAAAGGAACUGCAAAUGGAUUUACCUAAACUGUUCACUGAUAAAACAUACCUGAUGAGUAACCAUUUUGCCCUCUCCACCAGCCAGGUAACUACAACAACAGAGGCAUUCCUGUUUUAUGGCCCUGUGGUUACAGAUGGUUAUGGUGCUUCCUACAAUACACACUUGGACCAAAUCAUCUUCUGCAUUUCCUGCUUCAAUGAUUGCAAGGAGACCUCUUCUGCCAUGUUUGCAAAAGCUAUGGAGAAGAGUUUUCGAGAGAUGAAGGACCUGUGUGUCAAGUGCAACAUCAAAGCCAAGCAAAGUUUCAUGGGGAAUGCAACACAGAAAGUUCAAAAUGGAAGGAAGUUGUGCCACUAAAGUUCUCAAGCUCCGGUUGGACUGUGAAAUGGUCAUUUUUUUAUGCAAUGGAAUAGCAUACUCUCAUCAGUCUUCAUCCAUAAGGAGCUUGUAAGGGAUCUGAUGACACAUCAACUUGCUACUGCCCGUACAUAAUGACUGUAAAAAUUAUAAACAAGUCAAAUUAUAGCAUUAGCUCUACUGUAAUAGUAUCUUGUUACCAUGGAAAAUGGAAAAAAUAUAUGUGGUGCAUAUCAAUCCUGGAUAGAUGGUCUGCCAAAUAUGUGAUAAUUAGCAAUGUAAUUAAAUCUGUGCCAUUUAACUCUCAUCUCUACAUCACCUAUGUAACUCAUGAAGAGAAUGUAUUUUGUUUAUUGAAGAAUUUGUUUUGUGCUAUUGUGAUAACAAUUAUGAAAAGUAGAGAAUUGAAUAACUUUAUAACCAUAUCAUUUGAAUCACAUUGAACAUAAAAGAUCUUUUUCUGGUCAUUCAUUUUUCAUGUAAAUUACAAAGUCGCUGUGCCAAAAAUAUGUGGUGUGGUUGGAGAAUAUGAGCUUAACUAUAAAUGUUUCACAUGUUUUGGUGUGAGUUUUACUGGAUGUAUUCUUGUACAAGUUAUUGUAGCAAUAGGAUGUAAAACUAUACCCCUGGAAAGAGCACUGAUGCAGUCACAACCCUGGCUGUACUCAUGCAGUUUCCUUACGGGGUCAAGACAUGUGAUGUGUUUCGUUCUGUAAAUAAUUAUGGUGGUGAAUAAUUGCUGCAUAGUGUAUCUAAAUGCCAAUCAGAUGAAACUAUUUUUGUUUAAAAGUCAGGAUUGUUGCACUCCUGCUCUUAUUUAUAUAUAAAUUCUGAUUUUGCAACAAAGGAAACAUAUUUUACAAAAUAGAUCACAGGAAAAUCAAAUAUAUAUGUAUAGUCAGUACCGUCCAAGAGCUAUUUAUUGUACAUAAAUAUAUCUUUUGGAGAAGUAAGGAGGUGCAGAGGUGACUCUGGUAUUUCAUGUUGGAAACUUAUAAAAUGUCUAUGUAUUUUGCAAUGUAUUUUAUGUUCAGACUGUGUAUUUCUUGUUUGAAGUGUAAAUCAAUGUGAGUGUGCAGAGUGUUAAUAACUUUAUAUUCAUUGUCCAUUGCUAAGUCUUGUCCUGUAACGCUGCUUUUACAGACAGGGUGCUUAAGAGUUGGUGCUAUUAACCAAGUGAAGGGAAAACUAACAUGGACAAUUGUGCAGUCUUGUUCAAUAAAAUGUUUAUUGUGGAAA